AUGUCUACUAUAAUCGCCUCCCACAUUCCAACCACCGUUUCCGUCGACAAGGUCCGCGAGUUCUUCUUGUUCUGCGGCAAGAUCAAGGCCAUCACCCCCUUGGAAAAGUCCGACAAGUUUCAGGCGUACGAGAUUGUGUUCGAGUCAGAGAAGGCAUUGAGCACGGCAGAAUUGCUCAAUGAUGCCGAAUUGGACGGCGUACCCAUCGUGGUGGAGAAGGCCUCUGCCUCCAGCGCUGGCGCCACCACUACCGCUAGCUCCAGCGCUGCUUCGGGAGACUUGCCUCCCCAGUACUCAGCCACUGUGGGGUCCGGUGCAGGCACCAGCGACACCAAGACUGGCGACAGCCACUACGACGACAUUUCGCAGGAAGAGAAGCCCAAGUACGCCAUCAUGGCCCAAUUGUUGAGCCAGGGCUACGUGGUCAGCGACCGCAUUGUCGAGAAGUCCAUCGAGGUCGACAAAGAGAAGGGCAUCAGUGCCUCGUUCAAGAACUUCCUCACGUCCUUGGACUCCAAGUUCAUCCACUCGCAGGAGCCCGAUUCUACCACCAACAAGAACUUGUCUAACGUGCAGAAUACCUUGGGCUCGUGGACCAGCCUGAUUGCCAAGUCGCCCUACACUGCAAAGUUGGCCCAGUAUUACGACAGGGCAGCUGCCUCGCCUGCCGGAGUUAAGGUGCACGCAUUCUACCGCAACAUCAGCAGCGACGUCAAGCAGAUCCACGAGGAGGCCAAGCGGUUGUCGGAGUUGAAGAAGAGCGAGCAAGCCGAGGCCAAGCUCGACCCAUCGGUGGCGUCUGCCAACGCCGCCGCAGCCAUCAACACCGCCAAUUAG